AUGGACUCAGGGGCGGUCGUCACGCAGCUGCCACCGUCGGCAUACGCAGCGCUGCGGGCAGCGUUCACGAGCGCCAUGACGGCGUAUGGCCCGCUUGCGGAUCCCGUACGCAACCUUGACACGUGCUAUGACUUGACCCGCUUCCCCGAGGUCAAUGUCCCUAAGGUGUCCCUAGUGUUCGCAGGCGGUGCCACCUUGGAGCUCGAGCCGGCGUCCAUCAUGCUGGACGGCUGCCUGGCUUUCACGGCCUCCCCUGGCGGCCACGGCUCCAUCGGAUUCAUCGGCAACGUGCAGCAGCAGACCUACGAGGUUUUGUACGACGUCGGCAGCGGGAGCGUGGGAUUCCGCAGUGGCGCGUGCUGA